UUUGAUUAGCUUUUUCAUUAGUCAACUGAUAAACUCAUCACGACUAUAAAUUGGUUGCAAUCAAAAAGUCCAGUUAUCUUGUACUUUUGUGAAAACUAAGAUGAAGCUGUUAUUGUUGCUCGCUCUUGUUGCUUUGGGCUACGCAGACAAAAUCCUCUACUCCAAGGAGGACGAGUAUCAAUGGGAGCUCUUUAAGAUUGGAUAUGAAAGAGUAUACGCUGAUAAGGUGGAAGAGGAAGGUAGGAAGGCAAUCUUCAUUUGCAACCUUCACGAUAUCCGUGAACACAACCAAGCCUACGAUCGAGGAGAAACUACCUUCACAGAAGGAAUCAACAAUUUCGCUGACUGGACCGGCGAGGAGAUGAAAGAGAUGAAGUGAUACUGCCCGAG